UCGCCGCUCGGAAGAACUUACGUGGAACUCUCGUCUGUAAGCAGAACGUCAUCGGCUGCUUUCUCCAGCAGAUAACGUCACUUUUUAACAGAAGUUCGACGUUUUCCCGUGUACGCCGUCCACCAAAGAGACCAGAGGACUUAAUGCCUGGUUUGUGAAACCCGCAAAAGACCAAGAAGGAGAGGAUGGGACGCUUAACAUGGGUAAUGGCGAUAGUGGGGCUCUUGGCCGCCGCCGCCGAUGGAAUAAUGUUCCAUUUGCAGCCCAACACACAAAAAUGCCUCCGGGAAGAAAUUCAUAAGGAUGUCCUCGUCUCUGGAGAAUACGAAAUCCAGGAGACACCUGGGCAGAAAGUCGAUAUUCAGGUCACAGACUCUAAGGGUCAUCACCUAUACAUAAAGGAAGAAGCUGACAGUGGGAAGUUUAUCUUCAACACAGAAGACUAUGAUGUGUACGAUGUGUGCUUCAUCUCAAGAGUUCCUGCAACUCAGAGAGGAAUCCAGCAGGAAGUUACUCUCAACACUAAACAUGGUGUGGAAGCCAAGACCUAUGAAGCGCAGAGGGUUCUGGGUGAAGCAGCCAAGUUAAAGCCCUUGGAGAUUGAGUUGAAGCGUCUGGAGGACCUCAGCGAGAGCAUUGUCCAUGACUUCUCCUACAUGAGGCAGCGCGAAGAAGAAAUGCGAGACACAAAUGAAUCAACAAAUUCCCGUGUCCUUUACCUUUCCCUGUUCUCCCUCUGCUGUUUGAUUGGACUGGCCACCUGGCAGGUACUCUACCUCCGCAAGUUCUUCAAGGCCAAGAAGCUUAUUGAGUAGACAUCCCUCUGCCUUUCUAGGGAGAUGACACAAAAGUGACCAUAAGUGACCCAAGACUGGGCAUCAUGUUGGUUGCCCUUGAAAAUGAUAUUAUGUUUAUCAAUUGAAAUCCACCAAUCAUAAAGGAAAAAAAAUGAAUAUUCUUUUUCUUUUUAUUUAUAAAUAUUUUAGUCACCAGCUGCAUUUGAAAUAAUUUUUAACAAUUGGGGUAUUAGUUAUUGUUUAUUUACCUAACAUUUGUUUUGUACGGGGGGAAAAUCCGUAACUGUAAUUAUUCAUGGAAAGACCAUUAUGAAGAAAUUGAAAAUCAGAAGAGUUUUGAAAGAAAAAAUUUGUUUUUUUCUCAACAUUGGUUUAAAGGUACAAAGAAUGAUCUCAGCUGCAGCCAGUGAAAGGAAUAAAGCAUUUUAACAACAGAUAGAUAAUAUACCAUCCAUAUCCUAAACUAUAGAAGCAUAUGAAAUAUAGAUAUGCUUUAUUUAAGUUCCCUUCAUCACAAAUGCCAACUCUUUGUAUUCACAUAUUGGUUAUUAGAUCAAAUUUAUUAUUAAGGAGGUGGUUAUUUUCUAAGAAUUUAGGGGGUUUUCUUGCCUUAAUAAAAUGAGUCGCUGAGAUGAAUGUUGUACGCUACAGCACAAGAUUUUCACUGUGCCUCAGUUUUAUUUAGAUUAUCUAAUUUUAUAUUAAGAACAAGUCUCACAAAUCAUUUGUUAUUAAUCAUGAGGAUUGGCAUGUAGUGUGUAGUAUAGCACAUCAAGGUCUGUACAUGAAAAUAAAGGUGAAAAUCAGUAUAUA